UUCACUGCAUUUGCACCGGAACUGAUGAGCUGUACCUCGCGCGUGCUCUUCUCUCCUUCUUUCUCUCCUUCUAUAUAACUGUGAUCGCAAUCGGGAAUUAUGGUUCAAUUUGACAUGAUCUCCGGUCACCUUUCUUGGAAAUGCCAUCACUUGGAUUCCCCAGCAUCUAUAAUCCCAGGACCGAAAAUUCCUUCAUGGGUACGGGUACUAGUGUUGCUAGAACGGAAGAAUACAUCGAAACUCAACCUUCACCUGCGGUCGACAUUCUGAAUGCCCCAUGUUCACCGGACGCUUCAAGUCGUAGCGAUUACUUAUUGAGGCUUUCAGAAAUUUCACCACAGAAGUAUCACUCACGAGCUAAUGCCUCCCCCGGUCAUUUAUCCACGGGAAGGCGGGAGCUAUCGCCCAUGAGACCGGCGAGGAAGCGCCCGGCCACUGAGGAACAUUCCACUUCCCAACAGCCAAGUGGCAGCAAGAAGUGCAAGACGAAACCGUUGGCAUCAAGCGCCGAGGCCAAGGGUGGCCUGACUAUCUCGGCAAGGUCAUCUAGCCAAGUUCUUCGGCCAUCUAUUCAGAAGAACCAUCCACAUGCCAGCGCAAUGCUUAUCAGUCGGAAUUCGCGGUGUCCGACAUCAAAUUUUCCAAGCGCGCGAACCAAGUAUAAACCCAGACAGAACUUCCAGCGCCAGGUGCGGUCCACAUCGAUUGCAUCAUCGUCCCUGCGCAACCAGACGAUCUGCAAGGAACAAGACAAAAAUAUUCAGGGACAGGAGGGAGUCUCUAGUCGCGCGGUCGUGUCACAAUGCCGAACGUCGGGUAGUUCCCGGGUCCACUUUGAUGCGGGACAUGCGGUUAGUAAGAAAGAUGCGGCAGUUACGGGGCUCGAGCAGUUGGGUCCAUCUAGACCUGGCCGUGUGUCACCUCUUGAGAAAGCGAGCAUGUCGUUGCCACCUGCCAACAUCACAAAGCCUAUUGCGUUUACGUUCCAUCUGGACGCGCGCAUUGAAGCCCGUAAAGUUGAGUUUGAGAAGCUUGCGGCUAGCGAGCAAGGUUAUAUGGAGAAGGGACACCGACAAAGGCAUCCUGUGCCCGAUUUCAAGGUACUACACGAGGCCCACCAAGCAUCACUUGCAUGGCGUAAGGAACACAUCGUCCCGAUAGUACCCGCAGCACCGAUAGCCCUUAGCACCGAAAUUCGCGCCAGAGAGAGGGAGAAAUUUGACCGAAUGGUGCGAAUAAAGGAAGAGGAGAUUCAACGAGCAAAAGAGGAGCGCCGAAGACAACGAGAUGCGGAAGAAGAAAGGGAGAUCAAAGAACUUCGCAAGCGAGCAAUUCCCAAGGCGAAUGAGAUUCCAGAGUGGUAUGCUGAGAUGCCGAAGAAAGGUGGUGUAGGAGGAUCAGGAUAGUGGAGGGCGUCAUGCGAUAGUUGGGGAUCGAGAACAUUUGUAAGAUGUACGCAAUAUUUUUCGUUAUCGGUGCAGCAUGCCCUUUUACAUCAUGCCGCCCAAGUCACAUCCCCCUUGGCUAUUAUCUAUCGCUCAUAGUACAAUGCCGGUGGUACAAUCAAGUUAUU